CUCCACUUACUAAAUGCUAAAGAGAUAACGCUAAUAAUUAAUUAUGCUAUUUUUUGUUAUAUUUUUUUUUUCUCGUUUACAUUUGUUUCAUUUACAACUUUGGAGAUGGCGCUAAUUUCUUAAUUUUUAUUAUAUCUUUAUCCUUUUUUAUUUUUUUGUCUACAAAAUAUUUUAUAACGAAAUAUGUGUUUUAUUCUUUUUUGUAAUUUUAUAUUAAAAUUUAAUUUUAAUUCUAAUUAUUACUAAUGUUGCAAUCUUCUGAGUUAAAAAGGAAAAAUAUGCUUUCAUUGGAACGAAUUCCAGAUCAAAUUGGGCAUUUGAUUUUGACAGAGGAUGGUGCAGUGUUAACGUCUGGAGGUGAACUGGAAAAUGAUGAAAAAUUUGCAAACAUUAUUAUAGGUUUAGUUACAUUAACCAAUAAAAUUGAUCCAAAAGCAUUUCCUAACAAUGAAGUUUUUGAUAAAAUAUCAAUAACAUAUCCAGAUCAUUGUUAUAUUAUCUGUCUUUCAAAUAAAAAGAUUCAUGUAGUGAAAAAAAGAUUGGUAUCCUCAACAACUGCAAUUGUUGAGCAACCUCUUAUUGAUGUAUAAAUAUUAUUUAUUUAUAUAAGAAUAAAAUUAAAAUAUUAAGCAAUUUUUAUUAAAUAUAAUGAAUAUAAAUUUAAAAAAUGUAAUGAUAAAAAUGUAAAAUAAACUUUUAAAUCCAUUAUAAACAAA